AUGAUAGCUGUGAUUGGGUUGCUUCUGGGUUUUCUGGUUUCAGCAUUGUUCUUAAUCCAAGGCAAACGAGCAAGAAGAACAAACUUUGAUCAAGAGAAGCGAUCUAAUGAGCCUGUAGAUGUAAGACCCAAAAGUUACAGCAAGAGUGAAGUCGCAUUACACAACAAAAGACACGAUUGUUGGAUCAUAAUCAAAGAUAAGGUUUAUGAUGUUACUUCUUAUGUUGAAGAGCAUCCUGGUGGUGACGCUAUUCUAGAUCAUGCUGGUGAUGAUUCUACUGUUGGGUUUUACGGACCACAACACGCCACUCGUGUUUUUGACAUGAUUGAAGAUUUCUACAUCGGAGAACUUCGCAAGUAA